AUGUCCUCCGACGCGUCUAGUUCGAUCGAUCUCGAACUCAACGACGUCGAGCAGCAAUAUGCCCGCGAACGCCAGGAAAUCCACCAGGUAGCCCAGGACCUCGAUCGGCUCGAGAACCUCGCGCGCGUGCUUUCCACCCGCUCGGCCGCGCACGCUGACGAAGGGCUGGACGAAGACGACUUCAAUCUCGAACGUAUUCUCCGAAGAAGUCUGCAACGUGCCGAAGAUGACGGUAUCAAGCAUCGCAGCCAUGGCGCGUUGUUUCAAAAUCUUACGGUCCAAGGUAUCGACAUGGGUGCUAAAGCUCUGCUCACAGUCGGAGAGGUGCUCAAGACUCCGUUGAAUAUCGUGUCGAUGAUCAAGGAGGCUAGGAAUAAAAAGUACAGGAACAUAAUCGAGGGAUUCGACGGUGUCGUUCGCUCUGGCGAGAUGCUUCUUGUUCUCGGACGCCCGGGUUCUGGAUGCUCUACAUUUCUUCGAGUGAUGGCGGGAGAAGUCGAUUCUUUCACUGGUGUUUCUGGAGAAAUCACCUACGAUGGGAUUGAUCAAAAGACAAUGAAGGGCCGCUUCAAAGGAGAUCUGUUAUUCAGUCCCGAACAGGACAUCCACUUUCCCGUCCUGAACGUCAACGAAACGCUCUCCUUUGCAGCUGACAUCAAAGCCCCCCGCGUCCGCUCCGGCAACGUCUCCCGCCAAGAAUACGUCAACAAUGUCCGCGACAUCCUCGCAACCGUCUACGGUCUCCGACACACCUACAACACCCGCGUCGGCAACGACUACAUCCGCGGCGUCUCUGGUGGCGAGCGGAAGCGCGUCUCGCUGGCUGAGGUCAUGGCUGGUGGUGCGCGAUUUGUGAGUUGGGAUAACUCAACCCGGGGACUUGACGCUUCCACUGCGCUCGAGUACGCGCAGACCUUGCGGACUACGACGAACUUGCUCAAGACUACUGCUAUUGUGGCAAUCUAUCAGGCUGGAGAGAACAUCUAUACUCUGUUUGACAAAGUCACCGUCAUCUACGCCGGUCGUCAGAUUUACUUUGGACGCGUGGGUGAAGCAAGAAAGUACUUUGAAGACAUGGGCUACGUCUGCGCGCCUCGCCAGACCACAGCCGAGUUCCUGACUGCCUUGACUGAUCCCGCCCAGGUUCCCGUCAAGGACGGCAUGCAAGGAAAAGUACCGUUCACCCCUGAAGAGUUUGUCGCGUACUGGAAGGCGUCUGCAGACUACAAGAGACUCUUGAACGAGAUGGACGAGUACCGCGCCGAGUUGGCUCCUUCCGAGAAACUCGAUUACAUGAUGGCCUCUUCUACGCAAGAACGUCCUCUGCAUGGUAAACGAAAGGGCUCUCCUUACACCCUUUCCUUUUGGAUGCAGCUCCGGAUUCUUAUGCGCCGCGGCAUCCAGCGUCAAAAGGGAGAUAAAGCCUACGUCUUUUCAACCAUAUUCUCUUCAAUUGCUCAGUCUCUCAUCGUCGGCUCGCUGUUCUACAACAUCUCUCCAACCUACAAUGGCGCGUUCUCCCGCGGCGGCUGCAUGUACUUUGCAAUCUUGUAUUUUACAGUCAACGCGCUGGCUGAAAUGGCCAUGACCUACCCGCAGCGCAUGAUUGUCGAGAAGCAAAAGCGGUUCGCGUUCUACCAUCCUGCCGCGGAGUCUAUUUCUGCAUUCAUCACCUCGCUGCCGCUCCGGUUUUUCAACUACGUCACGUUCUCAUUGAUCUUCUACUUCAUUCCGAUGUUUAAUGAGACGCCGAGUCAGUUCUUUAUCUUCUUCCUGUUUGUCCAGCUUACGACCACAUGUAUCGCCCUGUUCUUCCAAGCCAUCGCCGCAUUCUCUCCGACGCUCGAAGCUGCGAACGCAGUCGCAGGUCUGGGCCUCAUGAUCACAUUCAUCUACGCAGGCUACCUGAUCCCCGUGCCAUUGAUGAAAGUCUGGUUCCGCUGGCUCAACUACCUGAACCCGCUUAGAUUUGGUUUCGAGGUCUUGAUCUCGAACGAGAUGCACGGGCGCAAAAUGGACUGCACAGCAAACCUGAUUCCCUCGGGCGGAAAGUACGAGGAUAUGGCGCUCGACUACCGCGUCUGCGCUGCGACUGGAAGUCAGACUGCAAAGGACUACGUGCUAGGCGAUGACUACCUGUCUGAAAAAUUCAAUUUCUCGUUCGGGCAUACCUGGCGCAACUUUGGAAUCGUUCUCGCGUACUUUAUCUUGUUUUUCGUGUUGUCUGCUAUCGGUUCUGAGAUUACUUCACCUAGAGGCAUGGUCGGUGACGUGCUCGUGUUCAGACGCGGCCAUAUGCCUGGCGAUGAAGAAAAGAAGCAGGCCCGACUUACCGACAACAGCAGCAGCGCGAAUAGCAAGAACGAGUCCUCCAGUGACUCUUCUCAGGAGGGCAAAAACAAGCAAGACGAUUUGGCUAUGACUGAGAUAUUUUCCUGGCAACAUGUGGAUUACACUGUAACUUUGCCCAACGGCGAAGACCGCCAGCUUCUCUGCGACGUGCAAGGCUACACCAAGCCCGGAACUCUAACUGCGCUCAUGGGCGAGUCCGGUGCCGGAAAGACGACACUGCUCAACAAUCUUGCGCAGCGAAUCAAUGUCGGCGUUAUCAGCGGCGACAUGCUCGUUGACGGAAAACCCAUCCGCGCAGACUUCAAGCGUCGGACGGGAUAUGUCCAGCAGCAGGAUCUUCACGUUGCGGAGUGCACAGUCCGCGAGUCUCUUCGUUUUUCUGCUGCGUUGCGUCAGCCGUCUUCGGUCCCUCUCGCUGAGAAAUACGAAUACUGUGAGCGCGUGAUUGAGAUGCUGGAGAUGCAGCCCUACGCUGAAGCCGUCGUCGGUGUUCUUGGCCAGGGCUUGAACGUUGAGCAGCGCAAGAAACUCUCGAUCGGUGUCGAGCUCGCAGCAAAGCCUUCGUUGCUGAUGUUUUUGGACGAGCCUACAUCAGGUCUUGAUUCACAAUCCGCAUGGGCUAUUGUCCAAUUGCUUCGCCGUCUCGCAGACGCAGGUCAAUCGAUCCUCUGCACGAUCCACCAGCCUUCUGCCACUCUCUUUGAACAAUUCGAUAAGCUCCUUCUUUUGAAGCGGGGCGGAAAAACAGUUUACUUUGGCCCGAUUGGCAAAAGCUCGAGCACGCUUGUCAAUUACUUUGAAGCUAAUGGCGCGCCUAAGUGCGGCGAGGACGAGAACCCGGCCGAGUACAUCCUCAACUGUAUCGGAGCGGGCGCGACCGCGAGCGUGAAUCGCGAUUGGCACGAGAUCUGGACGGCAUCACCCGAGUACGCCACGUUGACGAAGGAGAUUGAGGAUAUGCAUGCUGAGUUGCGACAGAAGCCAGCGAUGGAAGUCAGCAAGGAGCUCAGUCGUCGAUACGCGGCUAGUCCGUGGAUGCAGCUCAAGUAUGUCACUGGACGCAUGUUUCUGCAGUACUGGCGCGACCCGAACUACAUUGUCGCCAAGACGAUCCUGAUGAUUUCGUCAGGUCUCUUUGUUGGUUUCUCAUUCUGGAACGCGAACCACACUGUUCUCGGUAUUCAGAAUUUGCUCUUCGGUGUGUUUUUGGCAAUUAUGGUGUCAGUCCCGAUGAUGAACCAGAUGCAGCCUCGAGUGAUUCUAUUGCGGGAGCUGUAUGAAGUUCGCGAGAGUGCGUCGAAUACAUACCAUUGGAUGGCGUUGCUGAGCGCGACUAUCAUUGCGGAAUUGCCGUACAAUAUCGUGUUGUCGACUGUUUACUACUGCUGCUAUUAUUUCCCGAUCCAUUUCCACCGAGCAACCACAUAUGCAGGAUACCAAUAUUUUGUGUACGGCUUGAUCUUCCCGAUUUACUACACAACUUUUGGUCUACUAAUCACGACGCUCUCCCCGGACGCCGCGACCGCCAACAUCAUCACCGGUCUACUGAUGUGCUUCAUUCUCUCGUUCGCCGGUAUCUUCCAGCCAUACUCUGCUAUCCCUCACUUCUGGAAAUUCAUGUACCGCAUCUCGCCGUUGACGUACUUCCUUGAGUCUAUGCUGGGAAACGUUCUUCACGACGUCGAAGUCCGCUGCGGAGAUGACGAGUUCAAUGUGUUCAACCCGCCCGACGGACAGACAUGUUAUCAGUACGCGGCUGAUUUCCUGACAACGUCAGGCGGAUACAUCAACAACCCGAACGCAACUUCGCUGUGCCAGUACUGUCAGUACACGACCGGCGACGACUACUUGUCGACGAUCAAUGUCAAGUUCAGCCAUAGAUGGCGCGACAUUGGGUUCUUGUGCGUGUAUUUGGUGUUUAAUGUGUUUGCUGCGUUUAUUGUUUACUAUUUCUUGAGGAUUGCGAAGAUUGAUGUGUUUGGAUCGAUUAAGAAGAGGUUGAGACGUUAG